AGGACUUUCUGCAAAGUUUGGAUGCAUUCACCGGAGCGAACGGAUGACUGAAAAAAACAAAAACCACUGUCUGACAAGACUGCAGCUUUGCGUUUCUGCCACAGCUCUCAUUUACGUUUCAGCAUGGGAGACUUGACUGAAUUCCUGAAACAAAGAGAAGUCUCUGAGGAAAUUAUACAGACCUUGGAGAAUGAGAAGAUUGAUGCCAGUGUCAUAAGUCUAAUGACAGAUGAGGAGCUGAAGACUUAUUUGCCAUCAUAUGGUGAUCGUCUAGCAGUAUUUGGAUUUUGCAGACGGAGGGGCAGCAGCCGCAAGUCAGCGCUUUUUGAACGGCUGAAAUCCAAAGCGUCCAAAAGAAAAUUAUCUGAAGAGGAUGGCAGUAGCACACGGCAAGAAGAACAUUCCCAAACAACCCAUAAAAGAAAUGCUCUGAAGAGAAAUAGAAAAAUAGAAAUAGGAUGGAUGCAUUAUGAUGAAGACACUGAGGUUUUCAAGCAGGUUAGAGCUAGACGAGGAGGAGGAACAAGAAAAAUAGACAUUUGCAAGGAUGCCAAGAAAAGGGACAUAUUACAGGUUGCAACAGGCCUGUUCUUUCCAGAUGGAGGAAACAUUCAGGGGCCCUUAACAGAUUUUGACUGUGAUCUGAAGGAUUAUCAAGAGAUGAUAGUCGAUGAUGCAUUGACAGUAGGAGAACUUUAUCAUGUCACAAAACUAAAUAUCCGCAGGUUCUACCUCACCACAAAGAAAAAACAAAAUGACAGCCUUCAGAGUUCCAGCCCGAGUUUGCAUCCAUCUUCAGAAAUUGAAGAGAGUCCUCAAAACCAAACCUCUUCUUUUACUGUCACUACAGUCCAAACAUCUGCUCCAUUUGAAACGGUCAGCCAUGAUGUGACAUACAUUGAAGACACUCCAAACGAUAACCUUCCACAAUCUUCCACGCAGUCUCUAAGUGCUAACACUUCUCACAGCAGUGACAUUAUUUUUGUUGGCCCCUUUUCUGACAGUGAGCCAAUAAAUUUGGAUGACACCCUGAUUUUUUCUCCACACCCUGGUCCAUCCAGUGAGAGAGUGAGGAGAGUAGUGGUGGUCCACAGAGGGCAGGUAAUGUCAGAGCUCAUUUCACAUUUUAGUGAUAAGGACCUUGAAGAUGUCGACAUCAAAAUCCAGAUCGUACUGCCUGAUGGAACACCUGAAAUGGCCCAUGACGAUGGGGGAGUUGUGAGAGAUUGUCUUUCAGAAUUCUGGAAAGAAUUCUAUGACCAGUGCACCACUGGAAAUGUUUACAAAGUGCCCUUCUUAAGGCAUGAUUUUGGGCAACAGGAGUGGGAGAGUGUGGGCAGAAUCAUUGCAUUUGGAUGGGUUAGAGAGAAAUAUCUGCCUGUGAAAAUUGCACCUGCCAUUCUAGAACAAGCUGCCUUUGGAUAUGUAAAGAGUGAUAUUGUGGAGGAUUUCCUUAAGUUCAUGCCUGAAUCUGAGCGUACAGUGUUAGAGGCGUGGCGAUCAGACUUUAGCAUCGUGGACCAAGAAGAACUUAUAGACAUACUUGAUAACCACAGCUGCAGAAAGAUACCAACAGCCUACAAUGCCACUGAAGUCCUAUUGGAGCUUGCACACAAAACACUUGUCCAAGAGCCUGCGUAUGUUAUUGAACAGUGGGCAAGAACACUCAGCACUGCAUGGGAAAGCAUUUGUGAUCUAUCGUCACUUUUUGAAACCCUCCAACCAAAUGUGAGAAAAGUUCUCAAGUGUCUCACUUCUAAGAAAAAGUCUUUGGUGAAAUACCACUGUAAUGUAAUUUGAGAUACUUCUUUGUGUUUGUGUUUUCGUAUUAGGACUGAGGGAAUAUUUUUCUAAACACUUGUGAAAUGCAUUUCUGCAGAGGUCUCAAAGUGGCAGUCUGGAGACCAUUUAUAAGAAUUCCCAUUUCCUCAGUCAGCAUGUGUGCAUGUGAACAUUCAAAGCAGUUUUCCCACCUUUUAUUCAAUUUUUCUAUUAUUUGAAUCCAAAACCAACUUAAAAAAUGCAUUAGGUUAAUUUUAAUUUGUCAAAUUUUAUUAAUGUAAUGUCACAAGAUGACAUGUAUUCUAGUGGCUCACCAGAAAAUUUGAGAUUGAGACCCUUGCAAUAUGUACAUAAAUCUCCUACAUGUUUUAUCAUUGUGCACACAUUUUACAGUUUACAAGUCAGGUUUUAUUAUAUCAUUGUAUUUUAAUACAGUUAUGUUCGUACAGUUCUGUUUAGCCAUCUGGGUUAUGUUGACUUUUGCUAAAUUGAAUGGCCAUAAGGCACACCUAUAUGCUUUUAUUUAGGAUUUCUGUGAAAUCAGCAAUUGCUGAGCUGAAGGUUGACUUUUGGUUGGCUUUUCCUGAUUUUUGUAAUGGGAAAAAAAACCCUUGUUUAUCAUAGCCCCCUUUUUUUAAACUGCAUAGCAGAUGGGGUAGUUAUUUAAAAGAUAUUUUCCUAUAUUUCUGUUUUCAUCUUCGAGCCUAAUGUAUUUGUCAAGUCAAGUCAAGUCAAGUCAAGUUUAUUUAUAAAGCACAUUUAAAAACAACCAAGGCUGACCAAAGUGCUGUACAAUAAAAUACAAAUAUAAAAUACUAGAAAACACAGGUACAUAAAAUAACUCACUGACAAAACAAUAAAUUAAAAACAAUAGGUUAAACCUUGCUAAAAGCCAAUGAAAAUAGGUGAGUUUUAAGAGCAGUUUUAAAAGUUCCUAGGCUUGUGGAGAAUCUGAUGUGAGGGGGUAGACUGUUCCACAGUCUGGGUGCAGCCACAGCAAAAGCCCUCUCUCCCCUAGUCUUUAAUCUGUACCUGGGAACAUCUAAAAGCAUCAAGUCUGCUG